AUGACUAUGCAUAGCAUAGCUGUAAGCAAUCUGAGGAAGCAGAUUAAUGGCUUAGAAAAGCAGGGCGAUUUCAAGGAUGCCCUACAUAUUACAGAAGCUCAAAUAGAUUAUUGUAGCUUUGUCUCUCUCUUGCAGUCGUGCGUUCACAAGAAAACCUUGCAGCAAGGAAAAAUCAUCCAUGCCCACAUCUACAAGAGGGGUUUCACAGACAGAAGGCUGUUAUGGAACACGCUCAUCAACAUGUAUGUGAAGUGCGCGAAUUUGGCUGAUGCUCGCAAAGUGUUUGACAAAAUGCCUCAACGAGAUGUCUGCUCAUGGACUGUUGUCAUUGCUGCUUAUUCAAGGCAGGGACCUGCUGAGGAGGCAUUGAAACUGUUUCAAAAAAUGCAGAGCACAGGUGUCCAACCCAACCAGUAUACAUAUGCCAGCAUCCUGUUGACAUGUGCCAACAUGGCAUUGCUAGACCAGGGUGUGGAACUCCAUGAACAGAUUCUGAGAAAAGGGUUUGAGUUUGAUGUGGUGGUCGCUACGGCUCUCAUCGACAUGUAUGCAAAAUGCAGGAGCAUAGAGAAGGCACAACAAUUGUUUGACAAAAUGCCUCAUCGAGAUGUGGUUACGUGGAAUGCCAUGAUUACAGGAUAUGCGCAGAAUGGGCUCGUUAAUCAGGCGCUAGAGUUAUUCCAGAAGAUGCCUCAGAGAGAUGUCUUCUCUUGGACAGGGAUGAUUGCAGGACUUGGGCAGAAUGGAUACGCUGACCAGGCAGUAAAGCUCUUCAACCAAAUGCCUCACAAGACCAUUGUCUCCUGGAAUGCAAUGAUUGCAGGAUUCGCGCUUAAUGAGCAUGGUGAUGAGGCUCUUAAGCUCUUCGAUCAGAUGCAAUCCUCAGGUGUGCAGCCCAACUCAAAUACCUUCUUAAGCAUUCUCUCAGUAUGCGCAAAUCUGGCAGCUCUGGAUCAGGGCAUGCAGAUGCAUGGAAAGAUAAUGACAAGUAAGCUUCAGUCGGAUGUUUCUGUGGUGAAUGCUGUAAUAGAUAUGUAUGCAAAAUGCGGGAGUAUACAGAAGGCACGGGAAGUGUUUGACAGAAUGCCUCAAAGGAAUGUUGUCUCUUGGUCAGCUCUGAUUGGAGGAUAUGCCAUGCAUGGCUAUGCCAAGGAAGCCCUCAAACUGUUUGAGGAAAUGAAGCUCAAUGGCACCAGCCCGGACCAUAUCACUUUCGUUAAUGUUCUCUCCGCCUGCAGCCGAGCAGGCUUAGUGGAAGAGGGUUGCCAAUGUUUUACUUCAAUGAGUGAAAAUUACAAUCUCGUACCUAAAAUGGAGCACUAUAGAUGCAUGGUUGAUCUCCUUGGACGUGCUGGCCGUCUGGAGGAAGCUCGGGACUUCAUAAGCGAAAUGCCAAUAAAACCUGAUGCUAUUGUGUGGAUUUGUUUGCUCAGUGCCUGUAGAGUUCAUAACAAUGUAGAGCUUGCAGAAAGUGUGGCUGAACAUAUCUUGAAGUUGGAGCCAACAAAUCCUGCACCUUACGUGCUUUUAACAAAUAUCUAUGCAGCAGCUGGCAGGUGGAGUGACAUUGCAAAGGCGAGGAAGAUGAUGAAAGAUAGGUGUUUGAAAAAGACACCUGGACGUAGUUGGAUUGUGAUCAAUAAGCAGGUGCAUGCUUUCUUUGUAGGAGAAGGGUGUCCCAUAUGA